AAAAUCGGCCGCCAGCGAAAUCGAUCAUUCUUGUCCUUCGGGAGGAGCUGGCUGCACUCAAAGCCUCUAUGUCCCACCGAACCUUCGUUUCGUGGCUUUCGUCGUCUCUGUAGUGUCUCUCCUCCAUUCCUCCGCCUCUCUCCCUUAUUUCCCUUCGAAUUUCGUCAUAAUCAGACCCAGGAAAUAUCCCAAUUCAGUAAUUAUGGAGUUGAAUCUCUGAUUCAUUGCCUGCACCGGUUUUGAUUAUUUCCCAUUCAUAGUGUUUCUUUGAUCGUUCAUGGUGUUCAAUAAUCCUCCUAAGAUCAAAGGAAUUAGGGUUUCAUUUCAUGGUUAUAUUCUUCCUUGUGUGUUUUCUUCCCGAUCAAAAGCUUUGACUUGGGGUGAUUGGAUUUUCUGAUCGGGGGAACUGGGGCUGCUAUUUAAAUUGCGCCCUAAGACCCUGAUUUCGAAUCGAUCUGCGUAUUGCUUAUGUUAAUUGCUAGUUUCCAAGUUGUCCAGCUGAUUUAGAACUUGGUGUGAUUCGGCUGGGAGAUUCAAGGAAUACGCUUAUUUGGUGGUUUAGCGCGAAAUGGAUUCGAGCAGAAGAGCUGUCGAAUCUUACUGGAGAUCCCGCAUGAUUGAUGGAGCCACUUCUGAUGAGGAUAAGGUCACUCCUGUCUAUAAAUUGGAGGAAGUUUGCGAGCUUCUUCGAUCUUCUCAUGUCAGUAUCGUGAAAGAAGUUUCCGAAUUUAUCUUCAAACGGCUAGAACACAAGAGCCCGAUAGUCAAACAGAAGGCUCUAAGGCUGAUCAAAUAUGCCGUGGGAAAAUCUGGUGUGGAAUUCCGGAGGGAGAUGCAACGUCAUUCAGUGGCAGUGCGCCAGUUGUUUCAUUACAAGGGUCAAUUGGAUCCUUUGAAGGGAGAUGCACUUAAUAAGGCUGUUCGUGACACAGCCCAUGAGGCGAUCUCGGCCAUCUUUGCUGCAGAGGAAAACAAGCCUGCACCAUCCGAAGAUCUUUCUAAAAGAAUACAAGGAUUUGGGAACACAAAUUUUGACAUGCCAUCAGAAGAUAAGAAGUCAUUUCUCAGCGAGGUGGUUGGUCUUGGAAGCGCUUCUAUCAUACAAGGGAUUAGUAGUAUCACCGCAGCUCAUUCCCUGCGGAAGAAUGACAGUGGGAGUUACAAAAGCCCAACCUUGAGGAGGUCGUUGACAACAGAAAUUGAGAGCCCUGAUAGAUAUGAAAGAUUUGAACCUCAUGGUGAAACUCAGGGUUCUUCUGGAACCUCUAGGAGUGAUGGUGCUGGAACCUGGGGCCAGGAUUCAAGACAGAACAUGUCAAUAUCAACAAAUGGAGACUCCAGCUCAAGUUAUACGGGGAGCAAGAGCCGUGAAGAAAAGCUGUUGGAGACGAUUGUUACAUCUGGUGGUGUUCGUCUACAACCCACUCGUGACGCCAUUCAGGCUUUCCUUGUGGAGGCCUCAAAGCUGGACGUAAUGUCUUUGAGCUAUGCCCUUGAAUCAAAGCUGCAAUCUCAUUUAUGGCAGGUCCGCAUGAAAGCUAUCUGUGUCCUUGACUCAAUUUUGAGGAAAAAGGAUGAUGCGAAUUUUUCAACCAUAGCUAUCUAUUUUAGUGAAAAUAAAGAUGCUAUUAUAAGAUGUUCAGAGUCUCCCCAAGCUUCUCUGAGGGAAAAGGCAAACAAGGUCUUAAGCCUUCUGAAUGGAGACCAGACAAUUGAAACACAUAGUCUUCCAGAAAAGUCAUCUAGUGUGGGAGCAAAACCCCCUACUGUUCAGAUGCCUGAUUUAAUAGAUACUGGUGACUCAGAUGAUUAUUAUGGAAAGGAGGAUUCAGCCCAGAAGCACAGUGAUCAAAAUAUUGCAGAUCUGAUGAAAUCAUCCACUCCUACAAUUGAUGAUCUGUUUGGAGAUAGUUCAGCUACUGGCUUGAGCACCAAUGGACAUAAGACUGAAGAGGACCCAUUUGCAGAUGUCUCAUUUCAUACGACUGAGGAUAGAGAACCUGUCAAUGACCUAUUUUCAGGGUUGGCGGUUGCUGAUAAGAAGGUUGCUAAUGAAACCCACAUGCAAGCAAAUAAAAAUGGAGCACAAUUAUUGGAUAUUUUUUGUUCCAUUUCUGAUUCAGAACAAUCAGGCGAUAAAGGGAGUAUGGAUAAUUUAAUGGCUGGUUUAUCUGUAGCUGACAAGAGCUCAGAGACCAAGCAACAAGGAAGCUUCUCUGGGUUGUUUUCAGAAGCUACCCUCUCAAACCCAAGCAUUCAACCAAGUCAUUCGGCAUCAAAUGAUUCUUUGAAUAGCAUAUUUAAUUCUCAAAUGGCUGGAAUGAAUCAAAGUGCUAUGUUUUUAGGUCCCAUGCACAACGCAUCUCCUAACAUGAUGUUCAACCCAGCUUUUGCUUCACAGCCAAUGAACUAUGCUGCUAUGGGAAAUUAUCUUGCUCAACAACAGCUGCUAGCAACAAUGUCUAAUUUCCAACACCUUGGAAAUUUAAAUGCUCAAGGAAAUGCUGGUCUAGAACAUUCUUCUGGUAAUAGUAGGGAAGGAGGAUACUCAUCCCCACUUCCUGAUAUUUUCCAUCCAAGUAUUCCAACUCAAGCUUCCAGUACAGUGAUGAACAGCUCAAAGAGAGAGGAGACAAAAGCCUUUGAUUUUAUCUCGGAUCAUUUAUCUGCAGCUCGUAAUGCGAAGAAGGUUAUUUGAAACUAUAUGCAAUCGGUGCUUGAAUGCAGAGCUUUUCUACUACAUGAUGGGAUACUUUAUCUUGUAUAUGCAGAUUCAAGUGAGUUGUUCAAUCAAAGGUGAAAAUAUUCUUUUUGCAAUAAUUAGUUUUGAUGCCUCAACUAUUGUAAUGUAGGAUUUAAACCAUCAUCUUGUCAAUUAUUGAUGGAGUUGCAGUCAUCUCAUAACCAGAAAAGAGAUGAAAAUCUGAAGUGGAAGUAUGUGUCCUCACUCCUCACCAGGUGGUAUAUGGGUAAUGGCAUCUUUGGGUUCUAUUGUAAACACGAGCUUUCCUUACAGAGCCAUUCUAAGGAUUCUUUUUGUUAGGAUUUUAUUCAAUCUGAAAUACUUAAGUUAUAAAUUUCUUUUAUGGUUUUAUAUUGAAAUAAGUUUCUUUUUGUGAUAAAACUGAAUCCGACUUUGUGAGAUUGGAUUGAAAUUGAACUCAGAUGCAAUUCCAUCGAUUGACAGCCCUGUACAUGAACAAAGUUCUCCGUUUUUGUUUCA